AUGCCAUCUCAAAACAACCUGGCUACCGGAAUCCCAAGUAAUAAAGUGAAAUAUUCAAGGCCUGCUAGCAUGGAUGAUGGUUACAUUGACCUUCAGUUUCAGAAAAGUCCUCCUAAGAUCCCACAUAAGGCCAUUUUGCUUGCUACAGUGCUGUUUUUGAUUGGCACCUUUUUCUGUACCAUAGGCUCCCUUCUGCUGGCGGGAUAUAUCAGCCAGGGGGGCAGGGAAGCGGGGGCAGACCCGUGCUCCUGUCCUCAUCAUGGCAUCCUAGUAUUCCCGCCGGGAUUUUCUCACCUUCGCAUCACCUGCUAUGCAUCCAAAGGCUACUUGGGUUACUCCUGA